CUUCCACUUAACAAACAGAGAUCUGCAGGAAGCGUGCAUGCAUGGAACAAAAAAAUGAAACAAAAAAACUACUCUCACAGCCAGUCCAAGGAGCAAAAAGGAAAAAAAAAGAGAGAGAGGGGAGAGCAUGGGUCCAGGAGCAGAUUUGCAUGCCACCCUCUCCCCGGACCCACAGACGUCCAGGUUUGCAGACGUCACAUGGUCGAGGAUCUUUGUUUUCUCUCCACCUCUCGGUGGAGGAAUACAAGUUUAUCACCCAGCCAGAGACGACGGUCUCCUCUGCCGCUCCUCUCCUCCAUCUAUCGGCUCACUGGGCUAUUUCUCCUGUAUGGUGGAUAUCCUGCUCAACACUUCUUUCUUGGAUGAUAUGGGGGAUCAUUCAAAAAAGAAGUCGGGAAUCGCGAUGUGUGUGGGCUGUGGAAGUCAGAUACACGACCAGUACAUCCUGAGAGUCUCCCCGGACCUGGAGUGGCAUGCAGCCUGCCUCAAGUGUGCAGAGUGCAGCCAGUACCUGGACGAGACCUGCACUUGCUUCGUCCGAGACGGAAAGACAUACUGUAAAAGAGAUUAUGCAAGGUUAUUUGGCAUCAAAUGUGCAAAGUGUAACAUGGGCUUCUGCAGCAGCGACCUGGUGAUGAGAGCUCGGGACAACGUGUAUCACAUGGAGUGUUUUCGGUGCUCGGUUUGCAGCCGACACCUCCUGCCUGGGGACGAGUUCUCCCUGCGGGACGACGAGCUGCUGUGUCGGGCGGAUCACGGCUUGCUGGUGGAGCGGGCGUCUGCGGGGAGCCCGCUCAGCCCGGGGAACAUUCAUACCAGACCGCUGCACAUCUCAGACACGGUUUCGGUCCGGCAUCCUCCUCAUCACCGGAACCACGUCCACAAGCAGUCCGAGAAGACCACUCGGGUCCGGACGGUUCUGAACGAAAAGCAGCUCCACACCCUGCGGACCUGCUACAACGCCAACCCGCGACCGGACGCUCUGAUGAAGGAGCAGCUGGUGGAGAUGACCGGCCUGAGCCCCAGGGUGAUCCGCGUCUGGUUUCAGAACAAGCGCUGCAAAGACAAGAAGAGAUCAAUCCUGAUGAAGCAGCUUCAACAACAGCAACACAGCGACAAAACUAAUCUGCAGGGCCUGACAGGCACAGCUCUGGUGGCAGGCAGUCCUAUCCGGCACGACAACACCGUGCAAGGGAAUCCUGUGGAGGUGCAAACCUACCAGCCACCGUGGAAAACCCUCAGCGACUUCGCCCUGCAGAGCGACCUGGACCAGCCUGCCUUCCAACAGCUGGUGUCUUUCUCUGAGUCGGGCUCUCUGGGCAACUCCUCGGGCAGUGAUGUGACCUCGCUGUCGUCGCAGUUACCGGACACACCGAACAGUAUGGUGCCGAGUCCCAUCGACACGUGAAGAGGCCGUCGAGGUCAGCUGGAUUCCCCCCCUCCCUCCCCUCUAACCCCCAACCAUCCCUACACCAACCCAGCCCCCCCACCCCACCCCAACACCCCCGAGCGCGCACCCACGUCCUCUGGCACGGACGCGCAGAGACCUCAGUUACAUCCAAUGAAGAAACACGAAUAAUAAAGGGACCAGGAUGGAUUAUGCUCGAGGAUACAUUCAGGUCCCGACUGGAGGAUUGGAGGUCUGACUAUUCCUUUCACGUUUAAGCCUCUAAGCUCACGGUCUUGCUCAAGGACACUCCGGCAGGACACACAGCUGUUGAUGGACAUUGUGGGCUUCUACUUGCCUUCUACCAUGAUGCCAAUGCCUGAACUGGCCCAUGACGUGGUGAAUAUGUUAUGGGAAUCGAACACGUGAGCCUGCAUUGGACGUCUGAACGUUAAUGUUUACAGUAUGUUUAUCAGGAAACCCACAAUAGCUACAAACUGUGUAGAUGUGCAUGAUUUGUAAGUUUCAAUAUCGACUCUUGUAAAUGAAUGAAACAGAUGAGAUGCGCCCUGUUCGCGCUUUCUCCAGAAAAUAAGUUAUUAUUAUUUAUUAUGAGGACAGACAUAGCCUAUCUUAUCAAUAAAACAAUAGUUCUAACUGA